AUGGUCCUCGAAGCCAUCCGCUACCAGCCCGGUAGCUUACAAAUCCUCAACCAACUCAAGCUUCCCCAUCAGGAAGAAUACGACGAUAUCCGCUCCGCAGAAGAUGGAUGGCAUGCGAUCAAGGAAAUGCGAACCCGCGGAGCACCUGCUAUUGCCAUUGUAGCAGCGCUCUCACUGGCCGUGGAGCUCACGCACGCGAAAUUGUCCGACAACGGGGAAGAAGUCGCGGCUUUCAUCCUCGAGAAACUGGAUUACCUCGUCACGAGCAGACCAACGGCAGUAAACCUGGCCGAUGCCGCGACGAAGUUGAAGAAGAUUGUUGCGGCUGCCGCGUCACAGGGACAGGCCGUGGCGAAGACGUACUGCGAUGCGGCCGCGCAGAUGCUAAUUGCGGAUGUCUCUGAUAAUCAAGGCAUCGGAAAGUACGGAGCAGAGUGGAUCGAGAGGAAAGCAGGCGGUGGAAAGGUCAGCGUGCUCACGCACUGCAACACUGGCUCGUUGGCUACAGCAGGCUAUGGAACGGCAUUGGGAGUCGUUCGAUCCCUGCAUGCCAAUGGCACUCUACAGCACGCUUUCUGCACAGAGACUCGGCCUUACAAUCAAGGAUCCCGGCUCACUGCGUUUGAGCUCGUGCACGACAAGAUCCCAGCUACACUCAUCACAGACUCCAUGGCCUCUGCACUUCUGAGACUCAAGGGCCCUUCCGAACGGAUAGCCGCAAUCGUUGUCGGCGCAGAUCGUGUAGCAGCAAAUGGCGACACUGCUAACAAGAUUGGCACUUAUCAGCUCGCCAUCACUGCCAAGUAUCACGGGGUCAAAUUCUUGGUCGCGGCCCCCAGAACGACCAUCGACCUGAAUACCAAGUCUGGUGCCCAGAUCGUCAUCGAGGAGAGACCUGGCCAAGAGAUGACCAUGCUGAAGGGCCCGAGAUUUGAUGGCGUCGACCUGGAUCUCACACAGAUCGAGACCGUGAGCAUCGCCGCAAAGGGAAUUGAUGUGUGGAAUCCUUCGUUCGAUGUCACGCCUGCGGAGCUCAUUGACGGCAUCAUUACUGAGAUUGGCGUUUUCGAGAAGGGCGCGAGCGGCGCGUUCGAUCUAACAGCUGCCAUGGAAGCGCACAAUGAGGGUGUCAAGCCGACCACCGUGGGCGGACUUUAA